GCCCGCCGCUGUGUGGGUGUCGGGCUGGCUGUGCGCAGAGGGGCGCGGCUCGCCGCUCCCACCUCCUCCGCGUCCCCAUCUCAGCAAUGACCCGGGCCGUGGCGCCACCGAGCUGAGACCCGGGAGCCGCGCCGCCACCGAGGAGGGCCCAAAAGGGUGACGGUGGAGCGAGCGGCGGCGCGGGGACCGCGACGGACGGACGGGCGGGGCUGCUGUUGCUGCUGCAGGGCAGGGCAGGGCAGGGCCCGGGAGACCGCCGGCAGCGGUUUGCCCGCGGAUCGCGGGCGCGGGUCUGUUCUGCCCGGCCCUGCCGGGCGCCCCGCCCCUGCACGCACAGCAGGCCCAGGCGAAGCGGCUGGGACGCCCCAGCCCAGCCGGAGCGCCACGGCAUCCGAACGGGAGCCGGAGCCCGAGCGGGACCGGAGCUGGAGCCGAAGCUGGAGCCGGCACUGCGGCGCACGGAGCGGAGCGCCGCAGCCAAGCCGAGUGAGUAGAGGGGCCUCCCCCCUCAAGAAGUCAGAGCUGUGCUCGUGGGCAGGCUGGCUCCGCUGUUCUGCUCCAAGGAUUACAUGUCCUUCAAACGCCCUUGCCCCUUAGCACGAUACAACCGUACCAGCUAUUUCUACCCCACCACGUUCUCCGAGAGCACUGAGCACAGCCACCUGCUGGUGUCUCCAGUGCUGGUGGCAAGCGCUGUCAUAGGUGUGGUCAUCACUCUCUCCUGCAUCACCAUCAUUGUGGGAAGCAUCAGAAGGGACAGACAGGCCCGGAUCCAGCGACACCACCAUCGUCACCGCCGCCAUCAUCACCAUCACCGCCACCGCAGGCGCCGACACCGAGAAUACGCAUCCGGAGGACACACACACAGCCGCUCCAGCCCCAGGAUGCCCUAUGCCUGCAGCCCUGCUGAGGACUGGCCACCGCCCUUGGACGUCAGCUCCGAGGGAGAUGUGGAUGUCACCGUGCUCUGGGAGCUGUACCCAGAUUCUCCACCAGGCUAUGAGGAAUGCAUGGGACCAGGGGCCACUCAGCUGUAUGUCCCCACGGAUGCACCACCACCCUACUCCAUGACUGACUCCUGUCCCAGGCUGAAUGGUGCCCUUGACUCAGACAGCGGCCAGAGCCGCAGCCACCGUCAACAAGAGCAGAGGACCCAGGGUCAGAGCGGCCUCCACACUGUCUCCAUGGACACGCUGCCACCUUACGAAGCUGUGUGUGGGACAGGCUCUCCAUCUGACCUGCUGCCAUUGCCAGGACCAGAACCACAGCUGAGUAACUCCCAGGGCUCACCCAUCCCAACCCAGGCUCCGAUGCCCAGCCCUGAAAGGAUUGUGUGGCCAAGCUUGUAAGUUCCGCUGGUGUUUCCAGGCUACCCUCUCUCCCCCAGGCAUACAGGUGCACACACAACCCAUGUACAUGCAUAUAUGUGACUAUCAGUAUAUACUGACAUACCCCCAAGUGCUUACACUGACACAUCCCACACAUAUGUAGACACCUGCAUAUGCACAGGUCCCACUACCACACAAACUCACCUGGGAAGUUUUUCUUUGGAUGAGGUGUUCCCUACAUGGUAUCUCCUCCUCCCCAGCCUGGUGCCUGGUGGCCGUGCCUCUCUGAACAGUGCUGGGCAGAGGUGAGAUAGGAAACCCUAUUUUCUAUCCUCUCCCCAGCCUCCUCUAGGCUAUGGCCACAAUCUGAUUCUCCUGCAGAGACUGCUUGGUCAGCUUCCUGCCAUAACUCCUACGCCAGGGCUUAUCCUACUGGGAGCUGAGACAGGUCCCAAUGAGGUCCCACUGUGCACUGUGCCUAUCUCUCAACUCCAGGGCUGAAGAGCCACAAUGUCACCGUCCUGCCACUUCUGAGGUGGGAGAAAAACAGGUCUGGUGGCUUAGGCAUGACCUGGAGGUCCUCACAGCCCAUUUAGCCUGUCUCGAUGUCCUCAGUUUGGCGGUGCUAGUGGGGUUAGCUCAGACACCCACCCUAAGUUUCAGGGGGAGACAGGCCCUUGGGCCUGUAUCAUGGAGGAACAACACAGUUCUUCUAAUGUCCGUGCCAGGAUUGAGAGAUCAAGAGAAACAAGGUGUGGGUAGCCCCCCCACACACAUAAUGCUUCCUAGACACCACUCAGAGGAGGCACAGAAGAGUCCACUACUCAGCCCAGCCAGCCCUGGUGGCCUGGGUCUAAGAGGUCUCAGACCAACCAAAAAGCCAGCGCUGUCAUCCAGGGUGGUAACUCCCAGCUGGGGACUGGGUUGAUGAAGUCUGGCCUUGCCUCUCCGGGAUAUACACAGAGACAACACACACACACACACACCACAAAAAAAAAAAAAAAAAAAAAAAAAACCCCCCCCCCCCCCCCCCAAAAAAAAAAAAAAAAAAAACUUCAUGUCACUAUGAGACCAGUGUCUGCUGCCAACAUCCCAUCACGGAAGCAGGUGUGUGGAGGCAGCCGGUUGGAGAUAGGCUCAGAUAUUAGCCUUUGAGCUCCAGCGAUGUGAUCUCCAUCGAAGACUAUAUAAGGUGACAAGGCCAUCUUUGAAGACCCAGCUUGCCAAAGCUAAGCACCUUUGAGGAGGGUCCCGUCAGCACUGCCGCUGGCAGGGAGUGAGACCUCCUGCCUCCCCGACUCCUACCUUCUGAUGGUCAUCCCAGAACAGCAGACCCAUCCCCACUGAACCCCUUACCACAUUCAACUCCUCCAAUGAAGGGCUAAGAAAAUUCAGCAAUCCCUUUCCUAAGCAGAGGGGUAGCACGGAUAGCUAUCUUGAUUUUUAUUUUCUAUAGAAAAAGCAUUUAUUCUGAUGCAGAGCCGAAAGGGCCCCAACCAACAGUUCUGUAGCAUUCGGGCAGCCCGGGAGGCGGCGGCUACGGGCUGCGGGUAGCACCCUAGAGUCCCAGGCCUCGGGGAGGGAACCUUGUUUACAAGCCCUUCUGCCCACCUUUGUGGUGUUCUGCUUUCUAGGAAAAAAUGUCUGUCUGUUGUACUGUCUAGCCUUUAAAACACCCCGGGGACGAGACUCUUUUUAAGAAAGGCAGCCUGUUUCUAGAGCUCUGGAAAGUGGUGGGGGCAGAAAAACAUCCCUGCCUACUCAACACGUCGGAGGGAUCUACAGAGCAGCUUUUUCUCCUUCCUAGGUUAGGCUGAAUAAGCAGCAAUGUAUCUUUUCUGUACUCAAAAUAAAUGCUCAUUAUCAACAAA